GCGCAGAGCCGCUGGCCCCUUGCCUUUCCAACGCCUUCCAGUCUCAUCUUGGCGGGAACUGGGAGGGGCGUGGCCUGGAGAAGGCAUUGUGGUCCCACUCCUCAGGCCUCGCGCCGAGCCUCGCGCCACAGCUUCGCACCCUCGGAAUUCGUAGCUAUCUCCCUCCGAGCUUGGGAACCCUCCGGCCCCAGCUUGCGCGUGCCUUUCCGAGACCAGCCAGGGACGCUGUCGCAUCUGGCUGCCAUUAGUGGGGCUGACGUACACCGAGAGGACCUCACGCCAUUUUGCACGUCCUGAGAUGUUGGGUUCCAGUGGACACUUGUGUUCCUUUGAACAGCCUAAAGCCAGUUCCCUGGGUCCUGGUGACAGGAAUCAGAAGAAAAACCACACCACCCAACUGCAGGAGCUGGCACUGCUGAUACCUGUGACCCUGAAGCCUGGUUCCAAGAAGCUCACCAAGAAGGAGAUUCUGCUGCACGUCCUGCACUACAUACAGUACCUCCAGAGAGCCAUCGAUGUGGUCAAGGCCUUGCUCAAAUUCUACCUCAGCAAUGAGGAAGGUGGACUUGCGGGAUUGGGCUGGAACCCAGCCGCAGGCCCAGUCAGGUGGAGACACUCCACCCCCUCCAGUUCUCCAUGCUCUCAGAACUCCCACCUUUGGGGGACCUGUGAGAAACCUCGGAAGAAGAAGCUGACCCAAGAAGCAGCAGAACCCCAGACCUGGCCCCAGAAGUCUCGCCGCUUUCUGGCACUGGACUCGCCUAAGAAGCUGGUGACACCCUCAGACCAGAAAGAAGAGAACAUGGGAAGGACCGUCACCCCUCCAAGGUGCCCUGAUGCCUGCGAUCCCCGGAAGCCUGCGCUGUCCUCGUCUCAAGAAGGAAAUGGAGCUGGAGAAGCAGGAGCCCAGCUGACGUUGUUGUUGGAUAUGGCCCACAACAUCGACUUUGAGCACCUCACAAGCUUCUGUGGUACAAAUGGUCUCCAGGAUGACAAGCUUGAUCCUGCCUUUGAGGAUGAGAGCGGGGAUGGAAUGACCUAUUUCCUCAGUGAGACACCGUUCUAUCCCAGGCAGCAGAUCGUCUUCUAUGAUUCCAGUGAGGAGGUGGACAAGGAAGUCCCAGAUGCUGACCCUUGGCUUCCUGUCGGUAUCCCGGAGGGGAGCGCCCAAGAGAAUCUGCUGGUCUUACCACCUCCCCAGGUCCCUACCUGGAGUGCAACAGGCCACCCAGGCACGAUCCUAGGACUCAGCCCUUCCCUCUUCAGCUCCCCGAGCAAACUGCUGCCAGAACAGAUCUUGGAGGAUGACACUAUGUUUCUGACCCAAGGUCUCUUUGAAGAGGUGCUCUUAGAUCCCGAGUCUCCACCUUCUGCCUGCAUGCUUAUGGCUCCCCAGGAGAAGGAUGCCCUCUCUGGAGCCCCCGAGGUCCCCCCUGACUUCUACAGCCUGUGCCAGUCCUCAGUCUCCUUGGACCACUGCUACCUCUCGCUGAGUGCCACCAACAAGGCACCCUCUAGCUCCAGCUCUGACACUGACACGGACUCCCUGUCGGAACAGGAAGAGGUGAGAGGGACGUGAGAGGGACGGCCACCUCCGAGGGCCGACCCCGAGGGCUCCCAGCCCUCCAGUGACGAGGAGGAGGAGGAGGAGGAGGAUGACGACUACACGUGGAGCCCCACCCAGCGGUCCUCCAUCCUGUCUGCCUCUGGGAGGAAGGGCAGGAAGGGCCGGGCCAGCAAGGGCCCUGAGAAGCCCAAGGAGAGCAAGAAAGUCCCCUGCCCACCGCAGGUGAAGAAGAAGUGUGUCAACGGCUUCAUCAUGUUCUGCAGGAUGAACCGGAAGCCGUAUAUCCGAGCCUGCCCUGGUACUGCGUCCACAGCAGCCACCAAGGAGCUGGCCCAGCUGUGGCGGGUGAUGACCCAGAAGGAGCGGAAACCAUACUGCAUCAAGGCCCGCAGGUUCAGCCGCCAGCACAACCGCAUCGUGAAGCAGGGCAGCUCCGACAGCGAGGACGAAGACUGGGGGACCCCCAAGCCCUUCUACCAGCUGCUGGCGGAGAAAUCGAGAGCUUGCCGGGACCCAGCCCCGCCCCCGCCCCCUCAGCGUGACUGAGAGGGUAGUUGCCCCGCGCAGCUCCUGCAGCUUUGUUUGAAACCAGGAGCCCGCGUUGGUGAGGUUGUCCCCACCCCAGCCCCAGCCCUUUGUUGUGGGGCCCUGGCCAGUUCCCAGGGCCAGGGCCAGUUCUAUGUAUUUGUGCUUUGCCUUGCGCAUGUAAGGCCACUGCCCUCCCCACCCUGCAGUCGCAGAGGAGCCUCGGGUGGGCGGGGGAACCCUGGAUGAAAUGCAGCAGGGGAAGUUGGAGAGCAGGGCCUCCCCUGCGCCCCUCCUUUCCCUCCAGAUGAACUGGUCUUCAUUCGCACCUCCCUCCUCCCUCCCAGUUCUAUUUAAAGACUAUUUAUUGUUUUUUAAAAAAAUAAAGUGGAACCGUUGU